GGACCACUGCACGGCAGGCCUAGGGUAGGAAAUGUAAGUCUAGCUCCCUCGCCCAUUUGCACUGCCCUUCCUUUCCUCAUGUUCUUCCAUCGAGCCUUCCAUUGGCUUCGAUUUGUUCUCACAUCUCCCUUUCCCUCCCUUCCUUUCUCCGUUGCUUUCUCUAUCUUCUUCUCCCCCCCUCUCCUCCUGGACGACGGACUCGACUCGAGCGCCACGAGCGUUCUUACUUCGUCGCGAGCAAGAAGAGCGAGCGAGGAACAAAGCUUGCAUUUGGUUUCCGCUGCUCAUCAGCGCCUGCGACGCCCGCAUCGCUGCCUGCGCUGGGCCUGGAGGAGAGCAGUAGACUUCGCCUCUUACGAGUGGCUUCGUGGCCUAUCUUGCGAGCUUCGUCUCCUUCCCAGCUCUGUUUCUCUCUCUGGAGGGCUCACGUCAUUCAUGGAUAUGGAGUACUCCCAAUUCGGUUAUUGAUACCUCUUCAGAAAAGCAGAGCAAACUCUUGUAAUGAGGUCGGCAUUACGCAUCAGGGAAAUAGGGAGAGCAUGUGGAGAGGCUUGAAAGAGCUUAAAGUGAGGGCAUCACGGCCCUGAGUACUGAGCAUGGAAAGAGGUCGCGAAGGUCGGCGAGGCGGUGCAGGGGGAGGCCCAGUUUCUGCACCUCGCCGUCCGCGAACAAGUGGAUUCAAAGAUGCGACAGUUGGAGAAGAUGGAGACGAUAUAUUGGAUGACGCACACAAUCAGAGGCUUCGUGAGAGGCCGAGUAAGAAAGAUAGUAGUAGUGGCCCAGGAGGUCAAGGAUUAAACUCAAAUAGUAUUGGAUCUGCUUCUCGCAAUAAAAGGAAACGGCAAAAUUCGCAGGAGGUACAGGCACAAGCUAGAAGCAGUACUGCCGAUGAAGUCGAUGAAACUACGGAGGAUACAGAGAUGGGAGCCUCAGAGGACGAUGAUGAUCCACCUCCCCCACCCAUUCCUCGGCGUAUGGGGAAAUCACGGCCUCAGGGGAAGUUUUUGGACGAUGGAAUCAGCGGGGAUCUCCCAGCUGUUCCGCGCAAAGCUCGAACUGCAAUUUUGAAAAGACCUCAAGAAUCACCUUCUCCUCCGGUUGUUGAGGCUCCACCCUCGCAUGGGCCUUCCGUGAUUCCGCGUACUCCGGCACCUUCGAAUGCCCCUUCGUCAUCUUCUGUAGCAUCUUUGAAGCCGGGAAGAAGAACGAAGCCUAGCAGCUCCAAGCCACGCGCUGCCAAACUACCGAAGGUAUCUCAGCCUAGUAUAUCAGAGUCCGAGGUGGAAGUUGCGGAAGCUCUUUUUGAUCUCGCUUUGGGGAUCUUCCAGCCUCCUCCAGUCCAGGAAAUUAAUGCAGAAGUGAAAAGCGAACCGAAGCCGAAGAUAGAAUCGAAACAAGAUGCUGAGGUCAAGUCUGAGCCGAAAAUGUCCGUCAGUACUUCUGCGGCCAAAUCAUCUCCACCUCGGCCGCCACCGCCGCCGCCGCUGCCUCCUCCAGUGGCACCAGCCGCCUCUGCAACAUCGGCGCCGUCAGCACUUUCAUCCCCUUCAGUUCCCUCAGUUUCUGCUGCACCUACCUCUUCAGUCUCGGCGGCCACACCACCUCCUGCUGUGACAUCUACGAUCUCAGCAUCUGUGUCGGCCUCUCCCGCUGCCCAAGCAACGACGCCAUCACCUGUACUCUCGCCUUCACCUCCACCGCCAGCAGCCGCGCCACCCCCCGCCGAGGCUCCUAAGCGGAAACGUCCAAGGAUUCGGACGAGGCCGGAUGAAACUGGAUCUUCCUCCCAGACGCGGGCUUUGGGAAGCAGUGCUGGUUCCCCAGCGGUUCCCAGCAUCUCUGGACCUCCUCCGCCUUCGAAAUCGGAGCCAGAACAGGUCUCAACAAGCAAUUCUCCUGUUACAGAGAAGAGUCCUACACGGUCAGAGGCUUGUGCGCCGGCGCCUGCGGGGCCACCUGCUGCCGCUGUGGCUGCAGCAGCCGUUGUCCCUCCUACUGCUCCAGCGGCACCUACACAAUCAGUUUCUAGUCCACCAGCUACCGUUCAGAGACAUAAUUCUCUCGAGAAGAAGGCACCAGCGGAGAAGAAGAUCACGAAAGUCGAAACCAGCAGCGUUUCCGGAUCUUCUGAUAAAAAGUCCAAUGCGCAGUUCGAUCGCAAGGCUGUGCCUGCUAAUAUGUCGUCACCUCCGGCAGCCCCUCCUCGGGAGGCAGACCAAACAGCCAGUGCUCCAGCUGUGAAUGAGCCAAUCACGAAAUUGGAGCUCGGGAAAAGGUCUGCGCAGCAAGCAAAUGCGACUUCUGAUGGUGUGAGACCGAUCAUCGAUUUGAUGGCGCCCCCUGUGUCUAAACCCACGUCAACUUCAGCAAAUGAGCGGACAACGGAGGCCUCCGCCGUCUCCAACAAGGAGAUAACAGAUAAGGCCCAUGUGGAGCCUCCUGCACCCUCAGAAGGUACGUGGAUGGAGAGGGAGAAGGAGCGGGACAAGGAAAGAGAGCGUGAACGUGAGGUGCAGCGCGAAAAGGAUAGAGAAAGGGAGAGAGAACGUGAUAAAGAGCGCGAUCGUGAAAGAGAUCGUGAAAGAGAACGUGAAAGAGAACGUGAUAGAGAGCGUGAGAAAGAUAGGCAGCGAGAGAAUCAUAGAGAAAAUGCUCAGCGGGAGCGCGAGAAUCAGAAAGAAAUACCGAGGGAAAGAGACAGAAAGGAAGAGAGGGAAAAGUCUGAACACGGCAAACAACAGCCCCCGGUGCAACGAUCGGGGAAGAUGGGAAAAUCCGAGUCGAGAGUUCAAAAGGCAGAGAGAGCAGCGUCUGCGAAUGCAACUUCAGCAGCGUCUUCAUUUCUGGCUUCGGCUCCACCGCCGGGUGCUGCGGUUGCUGCAGGUGUUUCUAGCGCUCCAUUAUCUGUACCUGGAGGUGUAUCGGGAUGGGCGAUGGGUAUGACCGGAGCUGGCGUGCCUGGAGUUGGAUAUUACGAUUCUACCGCUGCAGCUGCUGCCACGUGGCCUGGGGCUCCUGUACCGGGAGCGCCGCCUGGUGAUGAGACCGCUCCUCCAGUACAAUUGCCUCAUACAUAUAUUCUCCAACAGCAGCAGCAGAGACAACCUCUGAAACGGUGUGCUCGUCAUGUUUACAUUGCACAUUUUAUCGAAAUGCAACAAAAUAUUCAGCGGCAGUCUUAUCUUCAUGCCACUGCAUAUCAAAAUUCUGCCAGUUUGUUUGGGCCGCAGCUCGGCACAAAAUCCUACAACUUGAACCAUCCCUUACCUCCCUCCGAGUCUCUCUUUGGUUCAGGUCCAGUAGGACCUAUAGCGGGUGGCUUGAGUGUUGCUCCCGGACCUAGUGUGGUGGCAGGUGGUGGUGGAAAUGUUCCGGGGCUUGUGGGGACAGUGACGGAAAGGAAUUUAGGGCCAUCUACGCUGGCAGCAAGUGCGCAGAGCAAGGAAAGGGCAUAUAUGGAGUCCAUUGGCAGGAAACAAUCUUCUCAACCUGCUCAGCAACACCAGCAACCAACUCAAAAUGUUCCCUCUUUGUCCUUACAGACUGGCACAACUGCUGCGGGGAGUGUUGCCGCCGCCACUGCUACUGUAGCAAAUGGAGGACCUGGAGCAAAUUCUGGACAUGGAAGUGGUGGUACUCACAUGAAUGUAAGCUCCGCUGCGCCGACUGGUUCAAAUAUGGUCGUGCCGGGUGCAGGUUCUGGUAACGGGGGCGCUGCAAAUCAUGCCGCUGCUGCCCAAGCUCAGUAUCUUCAAGGUUUUAUGCAGCAAGGUGGCUUCCCAUUUCCCUUUCAGGGUGCUCCCUUCGGACCUCCAACUUUCAUCGGUCCUCCAGGGCAUAUUGGUCCUCAACAGGCUGCUCAGUAUUUCGGUACCCAGUAUUACCCAAGCCACAUGGUGCAACAUACACCUUCUCACGCCCAACAACAGGUACAACAGCCAUCUGGCACAAGUACUGUGGCUGGAUCCGCUCUGAAGCAACAGCAUAAUUCUCAGCAAUCGGUUCGAAGUUUCCCCCCGAACUCUCCUCAACAUCAACAUCAACAACAACAGUCGUCUCUAGCUCCGCCCUCCCAGUCACCUUCUCACUCGCAGCAACAGCACCCACAAGGUUCAAAUUCUCAGCAAGUACAAAGGCCUGCCGACAGGGACAGGAAUAACGCAGGGGAUAGCAGUUCCACUGCCGAAAGCAAAUUUCCAAUGCUGCCAAGAGGAAUGUACGGCCAGUCUAAUAACAAUGUUACUGUGUCCAGCGUCAACUCAUCGGCGUCUGUGGUCAUCGGUGCCGGCAUGCAAAAUCUUCCCAAUCAGGACUUCACCCUCAUCAAUACCAUGGGAUCAAAGCAGGGCAACAAGCAGCAACAGCAACAACAACAUCAAGCUGCUGGCCAGCUCGCAGCUCAGCAGCAAUCGUCUCUUGCGUCUCAGUUGCAGCAGCAACAGCAACAACAGGUGGUUGUCCAGCAUCACGGCAGUAGCCCCACAUUGCAAAUGUCUUUGAAAGGUAUUGAUCAGCCGUCUUCACAAACGUACUCUUCGAUGUCCAUGGCUGCUAUGAAUAGAGGACCUGGCCCCAUAGGACUUGCACCUGUGGCUGCCGUCAUGGCUCCGCAGGGGCAUGUCAUGCUUCAGGGCAUGGGAACGGAUCCAGGCAGAGGGCAUGUUCCACACCACCAAUCAGGUGUUGCGCAGGCCCAUCAACACCCUCUGCAACAAGGGCAGCAACAACCACGAGGUGUGACGAUGCAGAGGGUAGGUACUGGGCCACCAGGUGAGGACAGAGGUGGUAUGGCCGAUGGAGGUGCUUUCAACAAUCGAAAUGCUCGGGACUCGGGAGACGAGCAAAAAAUUCCUUCGAAAAGGGGAAUGAGCUCCUCAUCGGCUUUGACUAGGGUAGACAUGGAGACAUCCUCUAGUAUGCAAGGGUCCCCAACCGGUAGUGGAGUGCAAGCUUCGAGGAUGGCAGGGAAUGUUGGCUCAACGUUGAAUCUCAUGAGCCCAACAUCAGCAAUAAUGGCUUCGCGAUCAGGACAGUCUGCAGGUGGGAGUAGCCUUCAACAGUCAGCGCCACCACCUUCUGGAAGUCAAAAUUCCAAGCAGCAGGUCAUGCCACGUGGCAAAAUUCCACCAGGAGGUGCCCCUACAGCCACUUCAGCACAAUCGCCAUUAUCAUUUUCAGACAGAAAUCCAAUGGGAGCUGUAUUGUCUAGUAAGGCAACUAGCCAGAAUCUGUCAUUAGCAGGAGCUAACGUUGCUCCGACUAGCCAGGGCUUGAGGCAGGGUCCCGUAACUCAGCAUCCUUUGAAGCUUUCUAACCGGCCAUCUCUCGGAUCGAUGCCCACCCCAUCGGGUACAGCACCUCAGGAAGUGCUUGCAGCCGCGAUUGUGAAGCAACGACAACAAGCAAGACCACAGGGGCAGGUGACUCCUAAUCCUGGUCCUCCCUCGAGGCUUCCACCGGGUAACCAAGGGGGUCAACCCACAUCAUCCGGCAUGCCCCUACCCCCGUUACCGCCAGUAUCGAAGUCUACAAUGAGCAGUGCAUCUAAAAGCACGUCUGCUGGUAAGGGAUCUUUCCCGCUGUCGCACAAGCCUCCUGGUGGCGCUGCGAGUAAGCGUUCAUCUCCUGCGAGUGGUCCUCCAAAUGUUGGUUUAUUGGGGCCUAGCCCACCGCCGGCAAAGCCUUCCCCUCAACAACAAGGUCAGGGUCAACACCAUCUCCAGCAGACCUCCCAGCAACAGCAAAACGUGUCUCAGAUCCACUCACAGCAGACUCAGCCAUCGCAACAAUCAAUGCAGCAGUCUCCGCAGCAACCCCAGGCACUGAGUACUGCACAGCAGCAACAGCAGCAAUACCAACAGGCUCAACAGGCUCACAUGAAUUCACAACAGGUGCAACAGGCGAAGCUCCAGCAUCAGCAACAACAGAUGCACCACCAAAUUAGACAGCAGAUGUAUAUGCAGGGUCCCUCUUAUCAACAGCACCAGCAGCCUGGAUCUCCAAUGAAUCCCCAUCCUCAGCAGCCAUCUGUGAUGCAUCAGCAAUCUCAGCAAUCUUCACAACAGAUGCACCAGCAGGCAAGUCCGACAUCACCGCAGGCCCAGCAACAACAGCAACACUCUUCUCCGCAAUUACAUCAACAGCAGCACAUGCAGGGGGCGCCAACGUCAUUUUCUGGUCACUCAUCAAACGGUGGUUUAUCAUUAGGUCCGCCGACUUUGACGUUGGGAACUGGGAGUAAUGGUAAUAGCUCUAAUUCAUCACGUGCCUGUAGUACUGAUGGUAUGGCCAAUUCGCAAGGCCAGGCCCCGAGGUCUCAUUCAGGAGCUAGCAAGGGCGGAAUGAGCGGCAGUGGAAUGCCAAUGCCAAACUCGAAUUCACAGAGAAGCCACGGCAGUGGUCCGUCGUUUAUGCAUGGAGGUCAAUUCAAUUCUGGUGUCCCAAGUGGACAACAACAAUCUAGCAGUCCUAGGAAUGGUCCGGGAUCACCCUACGUGCAAACGUCCUCAAAUACUGGAGGAGGUGGAAAGUCAGGGGAGCAAAAAUCUGCAUCAGAUGCCAGUGGACAAGAGCAAAUGAAUGGCAUGCGUAUGAUGUCAGGGUCGUCUCCUUCCAGAAUGCCGUCGGGUUCUUUGAAUUUGCAGUCGAUGCCACAACGGCCGAACUCCGGAGGCUCAUCAGCAGGCAAGUCACUUGGAGGUCAAUUUGCCGGUAGUAAUUAUGGUGAAGGUGUUGGAGCUAGGAGUGGACUCAUGCUUUCUGUUGGCUCUCCAACUAUGGCUUCCAACAACAAUUCACCCGGCUCCCAUGUGAUGUCGAACAAUGGAUCAGCAAAUAGCAGUGGACCCAAUUCCAGUCCUCACAUGGGAUCUGAUGGACGUCCAAUGUUUGGGAGUUCAUCAGGCUCAGCUAAUCAAAUGUCCAUGGCAAGCCAAGGCCAUGGGGCAUCGCCACAUCAGUCUUCUCUUUCAUCACCGCCAGGCCCCACUCCUAACAGCCAAAGUGGACAGUCUGGAAUGCUCGGUCAAACGUCAAGUGCUGUGCAACCUUGAAGCUGAUGACUGCUACUCUCUGGAUUUAGACUGCCGAUUUGUGCAUUCAUUUUGGGAUUCUUAGGUUUAUCGAAGUGAGGAGUCAGAUACCUGGGAUGAACUCUGCGUGGAUAAGAUUCGACUGUGAUUCAAGUACUAUCGGUCUAGUUGAGGGAAAGAUGACAGUUUUGUCGAGGAGAGACGCACAGCCCGUCCCAUCAUCAAGCAAGGGAAUUUUCUGCGGCUUCUGGGUUCAAUUGCGGAAACCUCAGUGAGCAUUCCCACUUAUCGAAUGUGAUGCGCAGUAUUUCUUGGAUGCUAGGUCAUGCAUCGCAGUAGGCAGAAACUCAUAUACACCGGAAUGCAACGUUGCAGUUAUUUGGGUCACCUCUGUAGCAGUUGUGCAAUCCGCUUGUGAGAAAAAGUAAAUAUGUAGAUUUGAAAGUUAGUUGUAGGCCCCAACAAUGCGGUGGUGUGAAUGAAGCACAUAAAGUAGGCAUUCUUACUCCCUAUACGGAGAAAAUUAUGAAGAGAGCAUAUUUGCUCGACAAGGAAGUCGGUGAUUUUGGAUCGUUUGCACUGGCUGUAAGAAAUGCCGUCUUUCUGGAGUGCGGUUCUUCGAGUCUUAACAUCAUGGAUGUGUUACUGGCGUGAGUUGAUGUUGUUUCCACGUUAGAUCACCCAGCGAAAGAUCAGCAGGUUAGCUGUACACGAAGGCAAAAGGUCUAAAGUUCUGAUCUGGACAGAAUUCGACAGGAGACUGGGUUGUGAAUGCCGAAGGUACCUACAGGAUUCCACUGUGGAGGUUUAUCAGUACGAGCUGAAUUGAGUGUCACUAGAUGGCUUGCGAUAACUUUCCAGCAAUCCCUGGGUGAAGGGAUAAGGGAGUAGCAAAUGGUUACAAAUGGUUAGGGAUAGGAACGGUGUGGUUUAGGUAGGACGGAAGAUGUAUAAAGAGGUAUUGUACGUGAGGUUUGUAGGACCUAUAGUAAGUGGGCUGUGAUGGAGCCCGCAAGAAAUGUCAGAUACAGAGUGCAAAACAAAUGAGCCUUGUCGGUCAGUGAUGUAGUAAUAUGUUGAAUGGAUUGUAGGAUAAAGAGGUACAUUUCAAGACUCCGUGAGCCAAGGGAAGUUGCCAAACACACGGAUCUAACUCUGCUUUCUGAUCAAGAGGACAUUGGAUUCUGUUUAUCAUGUUGUCGUUAACCAAGUGACCUCGACCCUAGAUCCAUAGACCGGCCCGGAGUUUAUGUAAAUAGAAUUAAUUAUUACCCUUGCAGGUGGUAUUUUACCUCACCUUUCUACCAAUGUGGUCAGGGUCAUGAAUGGUUUCAUUUGUUUAACGCCCAGAAAGAAAUACAAAUGGGUACAUACUUUCAGGUGGAGUAAGAGGUCACUGAAAGUUGUAACUCCAUGACAUCUACAGUCGUUGAUAUUCAAUUCUAUCCUUUGCGACUAUUUGUUAGUGUGACACCGGG